UAGGGUUGGCGCAUGCGUGAUGAAUAUCGUCGCCAUUACAUAGUGAGGGUGGCAUGGCAUCAACAGAACGCGGCACGCUUAUUUGGCGGGCGGACGUCGACGGCCAUCUUGAAACUUUGGAAGUUCGCUGCGCGGGAAAUAUAGGAGAUUGCACUACGAAAAUGCUGUCUCCCUAUUGGUGUGUGUACUUGUCAGUACUCUUGAUCGUCGCAGUUUCCGGAGCGCCGGUUGCGCAGAGCUCAGAGGCAGACGAGAGCGGCAAAUCGGAUGUUCCUGUCGAACAGUUGGAAAAGUUGAAAUUGGCAGAUUCCAGCAAGGAACUUGACCUGCAAAGGGAACACGUCGAAUAUCACGCUCUAGAUGCUAUAAAAGAAGAUGGGAAGGUGGUAUCUAAGUUCGAACAGCACGCGUCAGCUGACACGGUACCAGGAGAGAAGCCGCAAGUACAUGCGCAGGCGCAGCUCGACAUACCGGCGGCGGGAGUGCACAAGGUGGUCGUACAGGAUGGAACGCACGUUAGUGUGAUGGACGCCACUGUACCUACUACUGUCGCUAGUGAGGAGCAGACUACCAAGGUUUUCCACGGCGCGGCUCGUCUGGUCCAACCUGGUUCCGCCACGUCCGCCAACAACGCGGCGAAUCAUCCACCGAAUCACUCAGCGGUUCGACGGGCAUACAACGCUGAUAUCGCCAAGGAGAACAAGAACAAUAUGGAGCACUAUUCGUACCCGGGCGUGCAGUACUCGCCUCUAGACAUGGCUGAGUAUGUGUUCUGGACGGGAGACGAGCGCGGAGUCACCACCGCCAUUGAAGAUUUCCUACAAGAGGGCAUGAUGACAAAGGAAGAAGCGUUAAAUUUCCUGCAAGAGAUCAAGUUCAACAUAGAAUACUUGCGGGCUCACUACGCGCAGAAUGUCCGAGCGGCGGAGGAGGGCGUGCAGCAGGAGCGCUUGAGGAACAUUCUGAUGGAACAGAACGCCAAGGAGUACCAGUACAGGCCGGCACAGUUCCCCUUCAGUGACAUCCGCAGCAGCGGCAAAUCAUGGGAGCUCAACAAUAAUCUUCUACCAGCGUUGUCUGCUACUGACCUCAGGCCUGAACCUAUGAAGCGAUCCUACGAUCCGAUGCUCCAGACCAACAUUAUCAGUACUUCUGAUUAUGAACGCGACGGACAAAUUAUAACGGAAGAAGAGUACGAAGAGAUGAUGGAAAAGCUUCGAGCGGCCGACAACUUGUACACGGAGUACACUCUGGAGGAGAUAAUCUAUCAACUGGCUAAGAUGAUGUUCUCUCAAUCACUGUCCCGCGAGCCGGCCAGCGCUCGCGCAGCCACGCAGAGGUUCAUGGCCUUCCUCGAGCUGGAGGCGGAGAGAGGCCAACUAUCGCGUACUAUCGAGAAGAAAGUCCUCGACGUUAUGAUCGCGGCGUUAACGGACACCAUUGGCGACCACCCUGAGCUGCUGCAGCCCAGAGACGCGCUCGGUCUUAGCCCCGCUAACAAAAUAAUGCAUCAAUUCGUGGAGUUGGGUACGUCAGAGCCGAGCAUGUCGCGCGCUUUGCUCGCCGCAUACAAGGACGAGCUGCUGAAGGGCCCGCACAAACUGACCUUCCCGGAGAGAAACUAGAUCAUACAUUUAUGUGCCAUUUUACGUAUUUAAUAUAAGCAAAAACAUAUAUGUUUAGUUUUAAUUUAGCUGAGUAUCGUUACUUCUACAUUUAUAACAUUCCUACAGCAUUAUGAAAAAAAAUAGUACUAAUUUCUAUUAAAACAGGAAACAUAUAAUCCCGCCUAAUUGUAAAGACAUGUUUCCUAUAAAAAUCGAUUUCGGACUUUUGAAAUAUAAAAUUUUGUCUUUUUUUUACUUUAAUCCUUGUUGUUAAACACUUCAUUUAGCGAUGACUGUGUGUGAGAAUCGAGGGUAGUCAAAUAAAAUAUUGAAAAACACCAUUAAAGUACCCUAACUGUAUUUAUUGUUUCAGAUCAGACAUCUCUAAAUUUCACUUCCACUUACAAAUGUAGUGCAAUGCCAAAAAAUAAAUACCGUAGUCUUAGGUACCUGAAUUGACUAGGAUUUAAGAACUUUUGUAUAUAGUUAUUAAAAAAAUCUACAAUUCUAUACAAUCCAUAUGUUUAGAAAA